GUUGCCUUCUUUAUUAAAGAAAGUUCCCCUCUCCUCCUUUUUUAAAUUAAAAAUUCCUACUUAAUGCAGAGGCUAUUUACAUAACCACUUCUCACACCUAAUUCCCUUAAGUUCUUUGGUUAGCUAACACUACUCUACCUUGGUCUUCACUCAAAGAACAAGAGCAGCAGCUUUAAUACCAAAUCCAGAUAUCCCCCAAAAUUCUCACACCCCUCAACACAACUAUUCUCUUCCUUCUCAAUUCUCUCAUUGAAGAUGUCCUUACAAGUUCAGCCACAGACACAGCCACAGCCACUGAUGCAGCAGCAACAGCAACCUGUUCAGGUCUACCCUACCAGUGUCACAUACCAGUCACCACCCCACCAUUCAAACGGAUCUUUUGGCUCAGUGUUUGUUGUUUUGGCUAUAAUAGUAGUCAUUUCUGCAGUUGCUUGCUGCCUUGGAAGGCUUUGCAACCGCCGCAGCCGCAGCCACAGCCACAGCCAGAAACAUGCUAAACCUCAAAAGCAGCAGCAGCAGCAGAACCACACCAACUUCCGUCCAAAAGAAGUGGACAUUGAAUUCGGGUUUGACAAGAGAAUUGCAGCUUCCAAGCCUAAUGGACAUGGAGCAGGCAGAGGAAUGAAGCCACUUCCUCAUGGUGACAUGAAAACUUUUGAAAUGAAGCUUGGUCACCCAGGAAAAAUAAGACCAGGUCCAUGAAGGGAAUUACCUUAAGUAUUAUGUAGACAAACCCAUCUUCUUGCUGGGAACUGUUCCUUCUCUAUACCAUUGUGUUUCUAUUUAUCUUCUCUUUUUUCAGUCUCUUAUUAGAUCUGCAACUGCAAGAUGAAAUGUAUAAUUAUCUUCUCAACUCUUUUUAUGCCCUUGUUUUGAUAUUUGAAAACAAAAUCUUGUGUUCUCCCUGCAAUA